UUUAGAAUUUAGAUUGACGUCCCGACUGAUUAAAAGUGGGGUGUUGACUGGUGGACAUUUAGUGUGGAUUAUGUCAAGAAGUUUCAGUUUGAGCGAUUAGUCAUAACUCUUAAGCUAUUCAAUACGUGCUGUUAGCCGGUUUGUGUUAUAAUAAUUGGCUUUACUUUUGUUGAAGUUACAAACAACCCUGACUAACUCAGAUCUGUCUUCUGGGUAAUGAUUAUGUUGACUAACUAAAUAUUGUUUCCCCUUUCGUUUUUAUUUAACUUUACUAAACCUCUUAGUAACGCAUUCCAAUCUUUUGUUAACCAUCCCAAUUCAGUAAACGGUACCAAACGGCCUUAGUCACCCGAUGAUGUGGAAAAGAUAUUCCGCAUGAAGGAUUAAAGCUUAAUGGCUAAAAAGGUUCGUGUAAAGAAAGAUUUGGUCAAAGAAAGGAUGUUCCGGCAGGAUGUAGAAAUACGUCUCAAAGAGGCCGAGUCAGAGAGGAGGAUCUGUAGAGUUAAUCUCAUCAAACUUCAGCGAGACUUACAAAGGAUGGAAGACAUGGUGAAAAGCAUGUUACAUUUUAAGUCGCAGUUAGACCAGUUAAGACACGAGAAGACAACUUUAUCUGUCAAGUACGAGAACAAAUUACGGAAUUAUCAAACGUGCAUUGGCACCCUCGAAAGAAACAACUUGCUGCUUCUCAAUGAGUUACAAAGAAGGAACGUGAGAAAUGACACUGAAAAUUCCGAAGAAGAAAAAGCAUUUUCCAUUAACCAAGUCUUCUUGGAACAUAUUCAGUUGCUUGAGAAGGAAAAUUCCACGCUACUUCUGGAGAGUGAACAACAGAGAAUGCAGUAUGAGCAAUGUAUUGAUGAAGUAGCCAAUCAAGUAAUAAAGGCUUUACUAGUUCAAAAGAAUUUACGAGAGGAAUGUGUAAAACUGGAAAAACGAGUGAGCGAUUUAGAACUCCAGAACAAAAGUAUUUCUCUUAUGGUUAAGCAACAGCUACAGUCAUCAAAGAUGGUUUUCCAACAAGAUUUAUCCAGCACAGUUUCACCGAGCCAAACUUUUGAUGGAUCUCUUCAACAAUGUCAGCUUCAGUCCAGUAUGCCUUCCACCAAUCAGAUUCUGAUUUCUGUUCAAAACGAACAAAACAAACUUCCUUGUAACAUCAGUACAAAAGAAAUGAUAAAUACUAUCUGCUGGAAGAAUUCUAGUAAAAACAUUAACAAGUUUGAACAUCGUGCUCAUUUGGAUGAACGAAAUGUUAAAGAAGUUACGAAUGCUACCUGCAAUUCUUGGAACAUUCAACAACAACAACAACAACAAGUAGAAGUUAAUCGACAUUACAAAGAUCUUGAUCUUAGUGGCGCAGACGCUAACCCAAUGGCUGAAACGAAGCUUCUUAGUGUUGAUAAUUUAUCUCCUUUGAUUUCUCCCAAUAAAAUACCCGUGAUUAAUCAUCGUACAGUCAAAAGUACUGCCAAUCGAUUUACUCAGUCAAUGUGUGACACCACUAGUAAUGAUUCUCAGCUCAAUUUUAAUUACAGAGUGCUUCCAUAUACUUCAUCUAAGAAUUAUACACUUAGAGAUUCAUCUUUACCCUCUUUUACUGUUGAUAAUUUGGUUUCAGAGGUCGAGAGAAGCCAGCCAUGUCCAUCUUUGAACCAUGACUUCCAUGAAAUCUGUACAGGGAAUAAAAAGAUGGGUCCGUCCGAACCGAAAGAACAUUCACUAUGCAUCAGAAACAGUUGUUUACUUCAAGACAUAUCCCAGGAAACAACUGCCUUCGUACCUAUUGUUAACUCAAAUCAGCUUGAAAAACAUGUCACAAGACGCACAAAUACAGUAGUACGAAAUAACGUUAACCCUGAACUAAAUAAUCGCUGUUAUUCAAUAACAGAUACCAUUAGGUUAAAUGGCUUACAUCAUUCCAAAGAUAACUCGAAAUCAACCGUUGAAAAUGAUAUUGGAAGUAAAGAUGAAGGAUAUUCCACCAUGUCCAGUGAUAUUCAAGAAGAGGUAAUCGAAGGUCCAAACUCUAACAUGCAAGAUUCACAUUUGUUUUCGGUUAACUUAUCAGAACAUGUGAAGACUCGUAGAUCAGACGUUUCCCCUGUUCACCUAAAAGUGUCAACGGAGGAACAUGGAAGAAUAUUUUCCUCUGACAGUAGGCUUGGCCUGUGCCAAUUUCGACAGACUUCUUUCAUGGACACAAUUUAUUCUAGUUCCUCAGAAGGUGAAUCCAAAUAUGCAGUAGAAAGGAAAGAUUUAUUGUCCCCUUGCAAUCACGAUGAGGAGAUGAUAAAGCAGACAAUGUCCAUUUGCUCUAUGCCUUUACCAAAGAAUGGGACAAACUCUCAAGAAUUCACUAGCUUGGACAAACACAAUGCUGCACAAGAUUAUGAAACAGCGAGGAUUCAAAGGAUUCAGAGAAACGAUACAUCAAAUACCAUAACACGUGGCUUCCAGGAAAUAAUGCCUGAUAAUUCUUGCACAACAAACAAAAUAAUUACCAAGGCCAAAACUUUUACACAUAACAAUAAUUUCCUUCCGCAAUCAUCUAAACACUUAGAUAACAUUAAACACAUUGAAAAACUUAGUAAUAGUGAGUUUAUGAAGGUAGAGCCCCAUACUGUAACAAACCAGUUUGAAAGGAUGGACUCAGAGAAAGGAGUUUCAAGUGUUUCUACUCAAAUGACUUCACAAAAGAAAUACUUUCCACAGACACCUGCAAUUCUGCAAACAUCAUUACGUCGUACUACCUCAGACUCAAUCUUGAAUUUUGAAAAAGAAUUGCAUCCGUAUGUAUGCUCUAAAAAAGUGACAAGAUUCAGAUUUAAUCUGAAUUCUUUAGAACGAUGUGUGUCAGCCUGUGAGAUUCUGUUUCCAGCGAAUCGAUCAUUUUUGGUUUCCACAACUACUGACCGUAGGAAAAGCUCAGAAGAGGAAAAUACCUCUGCAAUACUCUUUAAGAAUGUUACACCCUGGAGAAAAUUAGAAACCUCUCUUGUCUGUAGUGAUUCCUUAAGUUCUGUACACUCUUCUGCUUCCGAAGUUACGAACAGCGAAGAAUCAGAAGAGCUGAGUCCUACCAGUCUGAAAUGUUCAAGGGACACUGAUAUAUGGAGUCCUAGUGGAGAUGAAUGCGACUUUCCAGAACAUUACAACUUUGUUCAACAAUGGUUACAACAGGAAGGUGAUCAAUUAUUGAAAGACUGCUCUAAAGAUGAAAAGGAAGACACAGCAGGAUGGACAUUCCAGCUUUGUUUAGAAGACAAAAAACAGAAUGUUACUGAUAAUGAUAAAACCACCGAGUUUAAAACAAUUUCUUUCAAAAAUAUACCUGAUAACGUUCGUGAAAGUAAAGAAAAAAAGAAAAAUAUAGAAGGCAAUCUCAAGAAUUCUUUAUCCAGUCCGGUCGUUAGAAAGACGCCUUCUCUACAACACUACACUUCUUAUGUCUUUACGGUUCCACCUAACAAACCUAAUAAGUUCAAGGAUCUUGUCGAAAGUAGUUGUAAAAAUAGCCACUACCAAGAAGAUUUCACAGAAAGUUAUUGUGUAAACUCGAACUCACUACAAAACACCAAAAAUGAUGAAGCUACAUAUAGAUCCUACUGGUCUAACGAAAUAGAUUGGAAACGAAAUGAUGAUGCUACACAAGCGUGUAGAACAGUAGAAAGCUGUGGCGGAUAUUACGGAAGUUCUCACGAAGCACCGGUGCUUGAUUCAGAACAGUUUAUUGAUCUUCCACGUGAAGAUUUUCCCUUGGAGAAAAAUACACCGAAAAGCUUUCAAACAAAAGACAUUUCUGCAGAAACUAAAACGGUUCAGAAUAAGCCAAAAAACAAUCAGAAACCUCUUCAGGUGUGUUCGCAAAUAUCGAAAAAAAUAGUAGAGAAUGUUUCACAAUCAUAUUCGAUGGUUGAUAUAGAAUGUGAAGAAAAAUUACAACAAAAUCAUUUCAGUACCAUGUUUAAGCAAGGGAAGUUCAAUAAAAAGAAACGCAAGGUAUAUCCUAAUAUAAACAGCAUUAUUCAUAAUGGCUUCCUUAAACCUUCUUCGAAUAAGAGAAAUUCUAAUGAAUCUCUCAAUAACUCAAUGCAUCGAACACUACCGAUCACAACACAAUUAUUCUACAAACCCUCAAAACACCAAACCGAAAUAUUCCAGUUUUCACCCAACAAAAAGCAAUCAACACUGCCGAGGUUUGAGAGAGCAUUACUUAAGACUUUAGAUCCUGUUGAUCAAAAUAUCAGGAAACAAUCACAAAGUAAACCCACAAUUCCUCCAAAACCUAUCUCACUGAUAUCUCGUAGUUCAAGAAUUCCUGUUUUAGGAAUUCAUAAAAGCAAUGAAACUAAUCAUAAAAAAUCAGGCAGAAUUAAAGUACCUAUUCCUGCAUUAUCUUCUAGUGUUGUUUUAAAAGAAGAGAAACAGGAGGACCUAGGUUGGAAUAAAUCAAACAAAAUGCCAAAUAAAUAUAUUUCGUCUGCUAAGAGAAAGUUAAAAAAUCCUGAAAGUUACAAAAUAACUUCAAAUUGUUCAGAAAAGAUUAUUCUAGAACAAGUAGAUAGAAAGAAAAGCGUAAUUAAUCAAAGACCUUCACCAUUAAAGAACAAAUGGGUAAAACCUGUAGAAAAGAAAUUGAAACGUCAAACUACCGAGAAACUUUCAACGAGGUCUGUAUUAAAAUCAUCUCAGAUAAAGGAAAAAUUUCCUUUUGAUCAGCAAAAUGCUAGUGUUGAAUUAGAUCCAUUGGCAUUUGAAAGCAGUGACUUGUCUGUAGCACAGAAAAUCCAAAUUCUGAACACUUUAAUGGAUCAGACAGAGAAGACUUCUUUCCUCAACAAUUCAGCUUCUUCUGGUUUCAGAGAUAACUCCCUGGUGUUUGUUCCAAUGGUUAAAGAGGGAGCUAAGGAAGGCUACAGAAGUUCCUGGAUUCAUGUAUCUACAGAAGUGGACUUAAAUAUCCCAAAGACAAUACCUCAAAUUUCCACGACGGAUGUUUGUAGCAGUAUCAGCAGCGAAGAGAGUGAAGAACAAGAAGAAGACGACCACCAGGGGACGGUUGGAUUACAGCAUCGGGGUUCACUCGUGAAGGAUGAAUCGUUAAUAGAGUGUCCAGCACACAGAACGAAUGAAAGGUUUUCCAACAGAAAGAAAAAAGAAGAUACUUUAUUACAAAACUCCAAUAAUGAAUCACGCACGUAUUAUAACAUCGACCUCACUUCCCCUAGAAUCAGGGACAUGACAGACAGUUUCCUUUCAUAUUUGUCACAUAACGAAGAUUCUUCAAAGCGAAUCUCUUUCAGCGACUCGUGUGCUGAAAGUUUUUCUUCAUCUACUAGAAGCUUGAAUCACAGUGAUUAGCACAAUGUGUGUGUGUAUAUACAGAACUUAGGACACUAAAUAUUUUGGAUCAAGUAUAUAUAUUUUUUAUGAUUAUCUAUAAAUCUUACGGCUUAGUAAAAAUAAUUUUUAUUCCAAAAUAAUCGUAUAAAAUCAAACCAUAUUAGAUAAACUGAAGUUCUUAAAUUAAUAUGUUCAAGUGUAUUCCUAAUUCAUUGACUCUUUUAUUUUAUUUCAAUUUAACUUGCGAUUUAUUUUUAUUAGAAAAACUUGUAUUUAAUAAUAAAACAACACCAAGUUUUUAGUAAAGUUGUUUAGUUUGAUAUGUGUAAAAUGUUUCCCGCCAAUUUUAUUAGAAGUAUUCGCGUAUUUUCUUUUUAAUUUAACGUUUUUUUCUUUUGAAACUGAUUACAUUCUGAGGUUGAAAUCAUGAUUUAUUUAUAUGAAACAGAAGUUUAAAACAAACAAUGGCCCGGCAUGGCCAGGUGGAUAAGGCGC